UUUCUCCCGAAAGACACUCAACUUUAUUAUCCGACACAUCCACUCUACAUCUUGUCAGCAGACACGACUGAACAACUAGAGAACCUUCUGAUUUUGCUGAAAUCAUCACCGUUUUGGAAUAUGAAGUCAACAUUUUUCGUUAUCGGCAAGGCUAACAAAUUUUGUCGAGACAGUGCUGUGAUAUUGGAAGAAAUGUGGAAAUUUGAACUACUGUCAUCCUUCGUGGUGUGUUCCAAAACCAACAAUCAAACUAUGCUCUACACUUAUAAUCCUUAUACAAAUCGAGCAACGGAUUCGUGGGUUGCGGUUAGAAACAAAGAAAAUUCUAAGCGACGAUGGACGCUCUAUAAGAAAGCAUUCAUAAACGAUCCAAAAAUAUGCAAGACCCUCAAAUUUGAUAAAACUCAAUUUAUGGAUAGGUAUCCAGUUAAAAUAAUCACAGGCAUCCAUGGACAAAUAGGGUCUCUGAGACCUGUAUUUCGAAGUUUGAACAUGCAAGUAAAGGUUCAUCCACAUGACGAAUGUUGUGGUCAUCAGACAAACGCAGGUUUUCUGAUACUUGGUGACGAAGAUAUUGCUGCGGGUUUUUAUCACAUUGAUGUAUUUAAUAAGGAUGUAAACAUAAUACCAGUGCUUUACGAAUUUCAUUAUAUAAUAAUUACUCAAAAAAGAUCAUUUACUUACUCUUUCCGUGAGGUUAUCGCUAUGUUAGAUUAUCGGACACUUUUUGCAAUAAAAAGUAUUAUAUCGCUUAUCUUUAUCGUAAUAGUGGUAAACAAUAGGUAUCACGUAGGGUCGGCAUUUCUCGAUGUAUUCAAACUUUUAUUAAGUAUGGAUAUGGACACACCCUUUGUUCGGUUGUCUAUGAUGUUUCUGUUCUUUACCGCGACCUUUUUUAUGUUUGUUUUUGAGCCUGCAAUUGAAUCUCAACUGUUUGCUCUAUUAACACGACCACAAUCUUAUACCAUCGAGAAUCUUAAGGAUUUGCAUGAUCAUCAGUACCAUGUUUAUUUUUACAAAGGGAUCCGGAAAGAUUUUAUAAACGAGCGAUUGUGGACAACUGUUGAGGAUAUGAAAUAUCUUCACCCGUUAGACAAAAACAAUCCCGACGAUUGUUUAGAACUAGCUAGUAAAAAUAAUACUGUAGCCUGCGUAUAUACAUCUCAUAUAAUAUUGGAAACGGCUCUGAAUAAAAUUCUACAUGUCUCCAGCAAGUUUGUUUUCAUAAAAAAUAAUUUUGUUUGGUCCCGUAAAGACUGGGCUUUAAACGACCGAGUCUACGAAAGAAUUUUAAACACCGUUGAAUCUGGUUUUAAUGAUAAAUUCGACAGAGAUUGGGAACGUAAUGUAUUAAAAACAAUAAAAGCUAAAAAUAGAAUCAAUCAACUAGAUGAUUACGAUGAAAUAACCGAAGCCAAUCUAUACUACGCAUAUAUAGCGUUUAUGAUAUGUCAAAUUAUUGGAAUUUGCACAUUUAUUGUUGAACGUUUGAUUGCACGGUUUAGGCGUUAA